AUUUCAGCACAUAAACAAAGGAGAGUGGUCGUAGCCACAUUGGCUAAAGUUUCCAGAUCAUGGCAGAUUGGACCAAGAAGACCAUCCUUAGAAACGAUGCCCUUCUUCAGUACAUCUACGAAACAAGUGCCUAUCCCAAGGAGCAUAGCAAUUGAUCCAGACAAAGAGGCAUAUGAGACUGGCUCACCCUUCAUUAACAAAGCUGGAAUGCACCAUAAGAUUAAAUUCAUCCCUUCGGAUGCCUUCUUGAUUUUAGAUGAUCUCAUUCAAAAUGGCGAGGAAGGAAGCUUCGACUUCAUACUUGUGGACGCCUAUAAGAGCGAUUAUCUUAAAUUUCAUGAGCUGACAUUGAAGCUAGUUAAGAUCGGAGGGAUUAUAGCUUACGACAACACUUUAUGGUACGGAUCGGUUGCAGAAUCGGAGAAAGAAAUCGUCGAUGAUCUCAUCAACAAGUUCAGAAACUUCGUGAUCGAAUUCAAUGGUUUUCUUGCCGCCAAUCCUCGCGUUGAGUCGUCGCUGCUUUCCGUCGGCGAUGGCCUCACCCUCUUUCGGCGUCUAUACUAGAGGGGAAAAAAAGGCAGUGAUUUCUUGAUGGAGUUGAACUGUCGCCGCUUCCCGUCAGCCAU